CAGAGAGAAAGAUGGCGCCCAUUCACGUAUUGAGAUGCUGCCAACGGGGAUUAGCAUGGAUACCUGUGAUUUUCAUCGCUAUGGUUGUCUGCUGGUCCUAUUAUGCCUACGUGGUGGAGCUUUGUAUAUUCACCAUCACUAGUAUAGGAAAACAGGUUGUAUACCUUAUCUUCUUCCACCUCUCCUUCGUCAUGUUUGUGUGGUCCUAUUGGAAGACCAUCUUCACAAAGCCCGCCAACCCUUCCAAAGAGUUCUGCUUGCCAAAGGCUGAGAAGGAGCGCUAUGAGAAGGAAGAGCGGCCAGAAUCCCAGCAAGAGAUUCUGUGGCGAGCCCCCACCAGCCUGCCACUUUAUACCCGCACCGGAACAGGAGCAGUUCGUUACUGUGACCGCUGUCAAGUAAUCAAGCCGGAUCGUUGUCAUCACUGCUCUGCGUGCGACAUAUGUGUGCUGAAGAUGGACCACCAUUGUCCCUGGGUGAACAACUGUGUGGGGUUCUCCAACUACAAGUUCUUCAUUCUCUUCUUGGCGUACUCGCUGCUUUACUGCUUGUUCAUCGCAGCCACCGUGCUGCAGUAUUUCAUCAAAUUCUGGACCCUUUGCCGGAGAAAAUCGGCUGAGAACUGCCCAAAGAAUGAUCUGCAAGAGACUCACUCAAACGCCAAAUUCCAUGUCUUGUUUCUCUUUUUCGUUGCGGCCAUGUUCUGCAUCAGUAUUCUCUCCCUCUUCAGCUACCACCUGUGGCUCGUCGGGAAGAACCGGUCCACUAUAGAGGCGUUCAGAGCGCCCGUCUUCAGGACUGGGUCUGAUAAGAAUGGCUUUUCUCUGGGGUUCCGGAAGAAUAUCGCUCAGGUAUUUGGAGACCAGAAGAAGUACUGGCUGCUGCCAGUCUUCACUAGUCAAGGAGAUGGUCUGACAUUCCCCACCCGGCUCGUCAACGCCGACAUCGAGCAGCCGACAGUCGCCGUGCACCCGGAGCCUAAUAAAUGUGAAGUGACUGUGAGCCCGCUCACCGAAUCACAGAACCGCCUUCUGAGCAACGAGCAGCAAACCAACAGCAUUGUACACCAUAUGGCUAAUAAUCCCAUCAAGUCAGCCCCAAAUGACAUCACCACAGUCUCCAUGAAGUGAAUCCUAACCAGGAGUGACUCCUCAAUCAUCCAGUCUGAUGCCUUAAGCCGUGCGACACUUUGACUCAUCACCAUGGUGACUACCCCUCAGUGCAACCUCAGAGUAACUAUGGAAAUGCAUUCCUUUUGCCUGUCAUAGCACAGUCGCGUCCAUGGCAUUGGCUUUUUUUCUGCAUGCAGCAGCACCAGCUGUCCCAACACACACGUUUAUUUUAUCGCUACAGAUAUUUGUAUUGUUGGAUGAUUUUGCUUUCUUUUUCUGGAAUAUUUAUGAUGAUGCUUGAGGAAAUCCUUUGCAGGAGUUAUGAGCUGCUCUUUUUUUUAUUAUUAUUUGUAUUGUUUUGGUGCCAAAAGCUACCUGGAUCCACAUUAAGAUGGUCUCACAGGCACAAAGCUGCAGCAAAGGGUGGGAGAAAAGCUGGAUCGUUACCUUUUUGUUUUCUGUGAGGAAUCCAAUGAAGAUGGGACUGUUAUUUUUCUUGGAACUGUAUUCUUGGAAGAUUUAAAAAAAAAAAAAAAAAAACAAGAAACAUCACAGCACACAUUUCCCAGAUUCCUGGGUCAGUGGACUGAUUUUGUCUGAGCACAAGAUGGUGCAUUUGCACUGCAGAGGUCAUUGAUGGCCAUCAGUGUGCUGCUUUUUUUUCACAGGUUGGCAAAGCAAACGGAAAUGGAUCUUUUGUGUGUGUCUGUGUAUUUAUAAUGUGCAGCUUUUACUUUGUGUUUUUAUAUUGGGGUGGGACUUUAAUGCAUUAAUCGUGAUUAAUUAAUUACCAACAAAAUAGUUGGGGGGGGAGGAACCUAUUUUAACCUCAUUUGGUGUUUCAAAACAACACAGAGAUUUCCUGUUAUGCUGAUUACCAGGCCCCCAAAAUUGAGGAAUUGGAUGAAACCGUGUAUCUAGGACGGAUGAGAGGCGAAUUUCAUUUAAACACAAAAAAAACACUACCCGAUGGAAGCCUUGAUCAGGGUGGUUUUGUGCAAUUUGUGCAAAAAAGAGUUUCCAUACCACUAAAGCACUUCAACCCUCCAAUAUGUGAACCAACUUUUCAACUUCCAUGCAGAAACCAUUUAGGGGUAAUAGUGUCCUAAAAAAAAAAAAAAAAAAAAACCCCAAACCUGUCCUAAAAUGGCACUUUAACUUUAGGUCUUUAAUUUUGGCCAGAGAUAUUUCUAUUAAUUUUUGUACUUUUUUGUAUAGAAAUGCACUUAAAUGCAUAUAUCAGAGUUAACACUAUUCCUGUCUGUGUCAGUUACUUGACUCAAUCGUCCACUAAAAUCCAUUUCAAUUCAACCAUUUGCUUUUUUGGACAAAUAUUGUUAUAUGAUUAAAAUUGGAUUAACUCAGAUUAAUUCAUUAGACAGCCUCCAAUUAAUUACCUUUUUUAUUUUAUUUUUUAUUUUUAUUUUUUUAAAUCGAGUCCCACCCCUAGUUUUUAUGCAUUUGCUUACAAUAUGUAGAAUUAUUCCCUUAUGUUUUGUUCCGCUCACAGUGCUAGACAAAUUCAACAUUUAUUGCCAAAAUAAGGGCUUGAACCAUCAGGAGCUCAAACUUCUGAACCACAGUGUUUACAGCAUCCUUAGCUUUACCUUAACCUCUGUGAGCCAAAACGACAUGAAAAGUAAUGGCGCUUGUUCUUUUCAAACUGGACCUCUUGCUUGUCGCGUUGUCUCACUCUGACCAGCAGAUGGCCACAGGGCUUUAUUUUUGCAUGCGGUACACAGAAAUAUCUUCCAUCCAUCGAUUUUCUGAGCCGCUUAUCGGCACAAGGGUCGCGGGCGUGCUGGAGCCUAUCCCAGCUAUCAUCGGGCAGGAGGAAGGGUACACCCUGAACUGGUUGCCAGCCAAUCGCAGGGCACAUACAAACAAAUAACCAUCUGCACUCACAUUCACACCUACCCCGCCUCCUGCCCGAAAAUGGAUUUAAAUAAUUUACCAAGGAAUUCUGUUCCACAUAUGCAACUUUACUGUACCUGCUCACACACACACACACUAUAUUCAUGUCUGUCUGAUCGCAUCUUCAUGAUGGUUGCAGGAUGAGCCUCUUGCUGUUUGCAUCCCAUGCUGUACGAGUUUACAGCCAUUUAUAUAUUGUAUAGAGUGGCCUGUGUUGUUGUACCUGGUUUUCUAUCAUAGCUGUGCUACAUGUAAACAAAAUAGACAGUAUUUAAUGUGAUGACGGAUAGUUGUUACUGCCUGCCUUCUGGAUUUUGUUUACCUGUCAUUGUUCAAACAAGUGACAAACCAGUCAUUGGAAGAUAUGGGCAUCCUAACAUGAAGCUCCAUCUAAACGUAAGAAAUCAAAAUUUAGUGAACAAAUUCCUUUACAGGCCAUUCAAAACAAGCAUAAUGAGCUAGACCUUUUCCACUGUUACCAUCUAUUCCCAAUAUUUGGACCUAUCAUCCUUUUAUUUUCUAUAAAUGGCCUCUAAUCUUUUUCAGGGCUGUUGAGCCUUGAGAUCGAUGCGUUCGUGUGUAUUUUUGCAAUGUGUUGUUUUGUAAAAUUAUUGUCUUGAGAGAAAUGCUUCAGUGCAGCAACCUGUUUUUUUACAUACGUUGUAUGAUGCGCAUAAUGCCAGAAUAAAGCCCUAAAGCAUGG